GAAACUCCUCCUGAGGCGCGUGCGCGUUCAUUAGGCGUCCUGUGAUCGUGACUCGCAUCCAGCAGAUGAAGUGUACACUAUGCGCGUCUGUUCUCGCUAGUGUGUGUGCUGGAUAGUGUCAUCUUCAGCGAGCACACGCCCUCCGCUGCCGCGCGCCCCCCGCAUCCCGUGCGCGUUCCCGCCGCAGACCCACAAACCCACAUCAGAAUAACAACACGGCAUCCGUGCGGGGAUAGAGCCGGAUCUGGAGCGGGAUCUGGUUCGGGGUCAGGAUCGGGAUUCGGUCGGAGCGGCGUUCUGGAUUCGGGCCUGAUCCGAUUCUCCAGUGUGGAUUUAAACGGACACCGAUCAACGAGCCAGAGCUGCUGGUUCUGAGGAAACACCGAGAGCCGGUCGAUGAGUGAUGGAGGAGAAGAAGAACCAUCAGAAUCAGAACCAGAACCCCGCUGAUGAAUAAUCUGCGCUGUGGAGCAUUCAGGAGCCCACUGAUCUCCAGCAUCGCCUCCAUUUUGGAUCUGAUUUAAUAUCGCGGCUUGAUUCGCGCUGAUGGAUGUGUGUGUGUGAUCCUGCCGGGUCUGCGGCGGUGUGUGUGUGUGUGUGUGAGUGUGUGUGAGUGUGUGUGUGUGGAUGAUGAACUGCAGAUUUGAUGAUUAUUCACAUAUUGAUCUGAUCGAGUUCAUCAGCAGUCAAAGAAAGACGCGGACAGAGGAGCGGAGCCGGUUCUGAUUCGGUUCAGAGAUGGAAGAUUCGGAUCAGUGAAUGAGCCCCUCGUGAUGGAGGGGUGAAGAGUGUGUCCUCAACACUGAUGAAGAUGAUGAGCUGAUGAAGAUGAUGAUGCUGGAGACACAGAACGCGAGUCAGGAGAUCGGGGAGGAGGUGGAGGAGGGUGCGGUGUUCAGCAUCACCGUGAGGAAGGUGCAGGUGUACCAGUCGUCCUCCAGCAGGGGGCAGCAGCAGCACUCAGACUCUCACACCUGUAAGCUGCGCAGCAUUAAAGCGGGAACACUGGAGCGGCUGGUGGAGAACAUGCUGACCGCCUUCAGGGGGAACGACUCCACAUACGUCACCAUCUUCCUCUGCACAUACAGGACAUUCGCCACCACCAAACAAGUGCUGGACCUGCUGCUCAACAGGUAUGCUAAACUGCAGCAGCAGCCGGGGCCAGACGUGCGCAGGAUGACGUCAGAUGAGCGCACUGAGCUCAGGAACACCAUCUCCUCCAUCCUGGGAGCGUGGCUGGAUCAGUACUCAGAGGACUUCUGGAAGCCUCCGGAAUACAGCUGUCUGCGGCGCCUCAUCCUCUACCUGCAGAUCAACUUCCCGGGGUCGGACCUGGAGCGCCGCGCCUGCAACCUGCUGAGCCACUUCCACCGCAGACUGCAGCACGCCGAGCCCGACCUGCUGGAGCAGGGCUGCUGUGCGUUCUCUCUGCUGGAGGAGAACGGCUUCGAGGAGGAGCGACCAGACUUCCUCAGCUUCGACCCCACUAGCAGUGAGCAGAAUACUGUGAUGUUUUAUCCACGGUUAUCAUCACACCGUCACAAUCCUACACCGGCCCAGGCCUCGCUGAUGGACAGCCGCACAUCACACUGCUGGCAUAUGGCAUUGCUCAUUUAA